GUUUUUUUGUUUUUGUUUUUCUUCUUCUUCUUUUUUUUCCACUUCUUUGAUUAUUGUUUAUAUUUGGGAAAGCUGGAGGAGCAUGGUUUUGAGCCUUUUCCUGAAUCCAAGUUUUUCUAGCAUGCGAUGGUUCUGUAGACAAGGCGCUGUGUCUGGGAGUCCGUGGCGACCGUGCCCGCCGGGAGCGACUCCCAAGUCCAGCAAAAUAUGCAACUGGUUUUAUGGAAAAAACGAUGUGAAGUAUGGUGCCUAUUUUUUUUUCCUUUGUAAAAAUAAAAAGCAUGUUUCUAACUCUUUUUUUUGCAUACUCUUUUUCUGAUAAGAUUUUUGUAUAGGUGGGAUUUUACGGCAGUGUUUACAAGUUUGUGGCUUUGCAAUACUGGUACAAACCACUGAGCAAAGGCAUUAAUUUUCUAUUUUUUGUGCCGUUUUUGGAAGCCGGUGAGAACAAAUUCGUUUUUUCCCUCCUGUUUUUGACACCCAUUGAUAACAUGAAACUUUUCUUGCAGCUGGUUACUGGGAUAAUUUUUAAGCAAAAUACUUUUUUCCUCCUUUAUAUUAACUAUGACUUUUGCACAUUUGAAUUUUUUAAAAACCGAGAUAAUUUUAUGAUAGAUAUCCUGAUAUCUAUAUAUUAUCCCUUCUUCCUUCCCCUUCCCUCCCCGUAAAUCAAUUUUCAAAUGAUGGCAGUGGAAGGUUUUUCUGGAAAAAAAAAAAUGAAGUGCGGUUUGGUUUCCUUGUCAACGGAGGAUGAAGUGAACAGCUGAGCAGCUCGCAGAGAGCAGGAUUAAAACAAGGUGAGCCAACCAUGACUGGCAAAACACAGACCAGCAAUGUCACCAAUAAGAAUGACCCCAAGUCCAUCAACUCCCGUGUUUUCAUCGGCAAUCUAAAUACAGCCAUUGUCAAGAAAGUUGACAUUGAAGCCAUAUUCUCAAAGUACGGAAAAAUAGUUGGAUGCUCAGUUCACAAAGGUUAUGCAUUCGUACAGUACAUGAGUGAGCGGCAUGCGAGAGCUGCAGUGGCUGGAGAAAAUGCCAGGAUCAUCGCCGGCCAGCCACUUGAUAUCAACAUGGCAGGAGAACCUAAACCAUACAGACCAAAACCUGGAAACAAGAGGCCCCUUUCUGCACUUUAUAGACUUGAGUCAAAGGAGCCUUUCCUGUCUGUUGGUGGUUAUGUCUUUGACUAUGAUUACUACAGAGAAGAUUUCUACAAUCGGUUAUUUGAUUACCAUGGGCGUGUGCCCCCACCUCCCCGUGCAGUAAUUCCACUGAAGCGUCCCAGAGUGGCCGUCACAGCGACUCGCAGGGGUAAAGGAGUCUUUUCCAUGAAAGGGGGAUCAAGAUCUACCGUCAGUGGGUCAUCUUCAUCAGGCUCCAAAUUGAAGUCAGAUGAGUUACAGACAAUCAAGAAAGAAUUAACCCAGAUCAAAACGAAAAUUGACUCCUUGCUAGGGCGCCUGGAGAAAAUUGAGAAGCAGCAGAAGGCGGAGGCAGUUUCUACAGAUAAAGUGAUCUGAAGUAAUGAAUGAUGCCAUGAGAACAGAAAAGAGAAACUGUGACAACCCCCAGAAAUGUGAAAGGAGGUUUCUUACUGGAUUGCAGCUUCUUUGGUUCAAUUUAUUUAAAAAAAAAAAAAAAACCCAAAUAAAUAAAAUGGACAGUAUUGUUCAAUUUUAGAAAUUCCACUUCUUCUAUGUUCUAAGCUAUAUAAUUGUCAGGUUUUUAUGGUUUAGAUUGUAAAUGUGUUUUCCCCUUUGCUAAUUAUGUUGUGUUUUUUUUUUUUUAAGUCUUUUAAAGUCUUAAAAUGUGAAGGACAUUUAUGAACGGUAAGGGAGACACUGUAUACAAAUGUAUAUUUGUAAAAGCUAUUUUUAUGAUUAGCAUGUUUUACUGUUGAUCAUAUAUAAAGUCAGGUGAUAUUGCAAUUCUAUGUUUAAAGCUUAUUUCCAACAAUGUCAUGUAAGAAAAGAUACAUCGUAAGCUAGUUUUUAUAAUUUAUUUUUAAUUUAUAGUUUAAAGUACUUUAGAUCAUAAUGAUAAAAUACUUGAAAAGGUUAUAUUUCUGCCCUCCAUAAGCACCAUUUUUAUUAAUAAAGAAUGCAAGUAUUUCAGUGAUUCAAUAGUGAAAGGACUGUUGCUUUGAUGUGUGAUUAUAUUGAGCAUUCUCUACUCAAAUGAUCCAAUUGUUACCCAGUACUUCAGUGUGAGUAGGAGAUCCCAUGGACAGGUUAGUGCCAAUACAGGUGAAAACUAUAUUGGCAAGGAAAGAUUGUCUUGUUUUUGGUUCCCAAAAGUUUAAAUAGUGCACAUAUCACUUCAUUGCAUCUCCUAUUACUAGGAACGCUCCAUUCCCAAGCAUUGCAAGUGUUUUCCAGAUGCUCUUUGCUGUUGUCUUGUGCUGUGGAAAUGGAAGAAACCAUCUUCACAGACUGUAGGAGAAUUCAGCAUAUAAUUUCUUAAUAAAUACUGUUUCUUUUAAAACAAA